AGGAUCCAUGUUCCCAAUCGACUCAACAGCAGAUGCAAUUGUAAAUGACUACCCUAUAAAAUUUGAGAGGAAGAAGAAAUUUCCCUCAAUGAACCAACAUUGGCUUGAAAAUAAUGAGAUUUCACCAGAAAGCAGCAGGCCAUUUCACCUUAAAUCAAGUUACCAAACAAACCACUCGGGUUUAGUCUAUGAUCAAAGGAGGUGGGCCAAGGAGCGGGAUUUGAAAUAAGAUCCAGAGGACAAAUCCUCAGGGUUUGCCGCCAGCUGGCAAGAACUUCUAUGAUUUCUCAGGCAAAAAGAAAUUUGUAGAUGCGCAUAAGUUGGGAUCGAUCAAUUUUCAUAUUUCUUCUGCUGUUUAUAAUAGAAACUCUAAAAUUGCUAAUUAUAAACUUGACCAGAAGAAGAGAAAAACUGGAAAAAGAAUGUUUAGAGCUGACCAUGAUUCAGAUAGGGCUAUUCAACCGCCCCUUUUGUUUGAGAGCCCGAAAGUGAUGAUGAUGAAGUACAAGAAAAUAAAUGACUUUGACCAACAGUUUGAUGAUUCAAAGGCACAUUAUCGGACACUAAAUAGAAAGCCUCCUAUAAAUCCUAUUAGGUAUGGGAGAAAUCAGCUACUUGAUACCAAAACUCCUUCUGAACUAAAUAGUAGGCUCACUCCAAUAGAAAAAACUCGGAAUAAUGAGAGUCGUAAUUCUAGUAUGAGUAAACUUGGAGGGCGAAAUUAUUCUAAUAUGAUAAUUGAUCCUACAAAGAAUCUAGAUUAUUUAGAGAACCAAGUUAAUAAUGAACUAGUUGCUGGUAAUAAUAACCAGUUUAAUACCAAAAUUGACAAAUGAAACAACUUCUCUUCAGAAGCUUAAAAUAUUGAUGAGUUAACACAUAAACGAAAUUUAAUAUCUCGAACCCCUCAGGAGUACAGAAAACAAUCACUUGAGUCGCAUAAUUCAAGCAGAAAUGAUGCAAAUAAUGUAUACAAUACAUUAAAACAAGAAUCAAGUGGAGAGGAUCUGAAUAAAAGACAACUUUCUCGCCUUAACAUUCAACCUCAAACUCAAAACCAACCUGAAUCCAGAAAACUGUAUUCUAACUGAAGCAACCCAACCACUCACUCUAAUAAAAGACUUCCAUGAUACCUCCUAAAAAGUGGGUGACUUCCAGUCACCCACAAGGGCCACUUGUGGGUGCACCAAGUCGAAGAGAGGGAGGUACAGAAGAGGAAGCAGCAGAUUGUGGUGAAGGGGCUUGACCAGCAGAGGAGGCAGGAGAGGUGGAGGAAGGAGGUGGAGAGGAGGAUUGAGGGGGUGGAGGAGAGGAGGGUUGAGGGGGAGAGAGAGGAUAGGGAGAGGAAGGAAGAGGAGGAGAGAGAGGGGUAGGAGGAGGGUUGAAUGUGUGUUCAGGAAGAAUGAUGAGAGGGUUAGGGAUUAUUUGCAGAGGUAUUAUGUGCCAGAGAGGGAGAGGAGGAUAGGGGUGAUGGUGGGAUUAAGAAGGGUGAUGAAGGGUCUGGGAGGAGGAUUAGGAUCAUGAAAAAGAAGGGUAAAUCUUUAGAGAAAAUGUAUGUUGAUGCAGCAGGGAGAAGGAGUAAAGAUAAUGCUGAGAAUUCUGAAAUUAAUCGCUAUUAAGACUAGUGAUUUUAUAUAAAUUAGGUAUUAUUUCACAAU